GCUUGUCCAUUUCGCGAUUGUGUAUUCUCCAAAGCUACACCGCUUAGCGCUAGCUUGCUGGUUUCUUUGAAGACUCCCUUUCUGAUCUACUUACAAAUAGCUUCUUCCAAGUCAAGCUUCUCGUGAAUACUAAUAAUAUAGUGGGCGUUAGAUGAACAAAUAUGCAGUGAACUUUGUAUAACGUGCUUAAAACAUUGCGGUUUCCUCAUUUGCAGUUUAUAUUAAAUGCCCACAACAGUUUAGCUUUGCAAAUGUGAUCUUAUGAAUAAUACAAAAUCAUGAUCCAGCCUUCGUGAACGGAAAUUAAGGUUGUAUGAACUCGCACUGUCACUACUUGUGCAUUGAUUGUUUCGGAACAUUGAACAUUGACACUGAUGUCUGGAAGUUGUCCAUUAAGGUGUGCAGUCUGGCGUUCCUCUUUCACUGCUUCAUUUUCUCCAUUGUCUCGCGGAGGCAGGAUCAUCCAUCAUUUAAGUACACUGUUGUUAUAACUCCUUCCUCGUUAUAGCGAUUUGCCCAUUAUUGUGUAAUUCACACAAGAUUUUAUUUCUUUCUCGUUGUGACUUUGCUUAGUCAGAAUUUGUGCGUUUUUUUUUUGAAUAACUGCACUCCCACCCCUCCGGAAAGAUGAAUUUUACGAGCGAUACUACUACCAUCGAAUAUGACGCAACAACGGACAGUCCUGGCGCCCAGGUGGGUAUCACCUUAGUCAAUACAUGUGAACUCGUUUUUGGAUCUUUGGGUAUCCUUGGCAACCUGAUCUGUAUCGUAAUUUUCAAACGCCGUUCCAAGCAUAACCAGACAAAUUUCCUAAUAAUCAUGCAGGCUGGAGUGGACUCCAUUGCAUCUGCUUUGUUAGUGUCCCUGACAAUUACCAGUAUAUUAAACCCGACGGCGCCCUCUCACUGGCUCAUGGGCAGUAUCUAUUGUAAGUUCUGGAAGUCGUAUGUGCUCUUGUGGUCAUCUUUUGCCAUUUCUACCUUCAACUUGAGUAUCAUCUCUAUCGAAAGAUACAUUGCCGUUGUGCAUCCGCUGUGGUACACAAAGAUCUUUAAACGAUCCUCAAUUGUGUUCAUUGCCAUGUUAACAUGGAUGAUGGCACCCGGAAUCAACAUCGCUUACAAUGUCGUUGUUAACUACUUUAAAGACGGGGUCUGUAUGGAGAACUUUGACAAGGCACAAAAGGUUAUCUCCAUCGUGCUUUUCUUUUGGGAAUACUUCUUUCCUUUGUGCAUUAUGAUCUUUUCUUUCGUCUGUAUCACACGCAAACUGUUGAAGAUGAAUAAAGUCUCCAACAUGAGGGCAGCCAAUGGUCAAUUAUUUACCGAAACCUCUAUGGGAUCCCAGGUACCAGGUCCGAAAUCAUCUGCAGAACGCAAAUCCGAACCCUCGUCGGGAAGUUGCGUCACACAGAAGGAAGACAGUCAAAAAGGACAUGCCGUCCGACCAACCCCCAUGAACCAAUCUGUCACACCAAACGUGCCUGACGAUCCUGCUGGGUUCCAAAUAGCUGUUAUUUCUACCACAGUCAUGCCUGGAUGUUCAUCGUGGAAAGUUGAUGGCAACAAAGGCAACAAGCUAGACAGCAUCUCAAAAUCUGUGAACGUCAACCGAGCUAACAAUGGCAAGACACCAAGGUGUGUUCGUCCGGCUGGAGCAUCAGUUAGGAGGCUCAACACCACUAAGGUCUUAUUAUUGGUAUCCCUAGGGUUCUUCAUCUGCUGGUCACCCAAUCAAGUGUAUUUUCUCUUGCUUAACCUUGGGGUCAUUAACUUUUCGUUGGUUCCCUAUCGCGUUACAAUCGUCAUGUCGACUUGUAAUACCUGCAUAAAUCCAUUUAUCUACGCGUUUCGGAUGAAAAGGUUCCGUAAUGAAUUCAUAUCAAUAUUCAAGGGCAGAAAUUAAGCGUAACAACAUUGAAAAUCGCUCAAUUUUACAUAACAUUCUAUCAUGUCAAUAUCGUACUUUUUUUCUUCUUCUAAUUUCCACCUGGGCGGAUUGACUCGAAGGAUUUCUUACAGGUGAAUUACAAGUUCAUAAUUUCUUAUAGUAGUAACAAUAUCAUAACAAUUUAGUCCGCUUCUUGCAUAAGUUUUAAUGAAUAAUGUACCUCCUUGCAGUAAUCGUUAUUUGUAAAUUACUAAGAGAUACAAAAUUAGGUACAUGCCUAUCUAGUGAUAACCUUCAUGACUGUCAAAAGCUUCUACGUUUAUACACGCUUCAAUGUUUGGCCGAAUUGCGCCAUAGUUCAAAGUCUAUAGGUAGCUUGUGCACCACGAAGGCAAGUCUGGCCAAAUGUAUAAGUGUAUUUGGUCAAGAAAAUGGCGUAGUGACACUGUAAAUGUAAGAACUUAUGUCACCUUCACUUCUUCUGCUCUGUAAAUAUGUUAAUAUUAUUUUGUGGAGGGAAAUAUUAAAUGCGUGCUGUUCAUAUUACACAAUAACACAAUUUUGCAUAUGUAUGCUUUACCAUUUAAAAGAGGAAGUCUGCUGAUAUUUUAUUCUCGUUAAUACAUAGGAGGCACAUUUCUGCAUAAUAGACCAGUUCGUAGUUAGCUAAUGGUGCAAACUACUCAACGUAUUCACAGAUAUUCUACGCUUGCAGUUAUAGUCCACUUGGUGCAUUUUAGAAUAAUCACUGUCAUAAUCAUAUAAAUGUGCUUCAUGAUUACCAUUUGUUUGCCCUCUUGGGAGGAAUACUUA